AUGGCCACAUCACCAGAUAUACCACUUCUCAUCAGAUCGGACAACUCUUCCUCCGAACGACGGAUCUCUCCAUCAUGGACCAUCACGCAGCUGAAAGGACGCUUAGAACCGAUAACGGGUGUGCCAGCCAGCUGUCAGAAAUUGAGCCUGAAGGUGGGAUCGCAAGCCUCUCAGCCCAUUGAGGCACCCAACGAGGAUGCUGUUCAGCUCGCCAAUUGGCCAUUGCAGACAUAUGCAGAAAUCUACGUGACAGACACCCGCCCUCCCGGAGCCCGAACAAACUACACAGAUGUGUCCGCCGUGCCCAAAUAUGAAAUGAGCACGACAGACUACGAAUCCCGUACCGAUAGCGUCUUAGCCUGGAAAAAGAACCAGAAGCUUGGACGUUUCGACCCAAACGCCCCGAGCAUUGAACAGCAGAAGAUCGACGGCACCUACCGUGAAGUUGAGCAACGCAACAUCAAGGUCGGUGCGCGAUGUCGACUACUUCCGGACGAUGAUGCGAGAAGAGGUGAGGUCAAAUUUAUUGGCGAUGUGCCGGAGAUCACGGGCGUGGUUGGCGCGUGGGUUGGCGUUGGACUUGAUGAGCCGACGGGGAAGAAUGAUGGGGCUGUGAAGGGGACGAGGUAUUUCGAGUGUAAGGCUAACUGCGGUGUAUUCGUGAGGGCGGAGAGGGUGGAGGUGGGCGACUUCCCGACUGUGGAUGAGUUUGCCGAUGAUGACGAGGAGUUCUGA